GGAUUAGUUUGCACACAGUCCGACAGCGGAGGCGGACUGCGGUGGGAUGGGCUGUGAGGUGUCCAAGAUGGCGGCGCCCUGUGGAGUGCAGCUACUCUAACAGCGGUGCCUGGAGACUGUAUUGGUGGGUGGCCCCCGGAGUCCUCCAGGCAGGCGGGGACGGACGCCGUGAGAGAGACGCUGCCUCCACCUCCAGCACUGCCACCAUGGCCCGGGAGCAGCCCAACGUCGGGGACCUCCUCCCGCUCCUGGAGACCUCCGACCUUCACCAGCUAGAAGAGAUCCGAGGCCUUAUCAACGAGCAGCUCAGCACCGAGCGGGGGUCCAUGCUGCUGAACGGGCUGGUCGACUACUUUUUGGAAACAAACUCCGCCCAGGCCAUGCAUAUCCUCUCCUCAGUCAGAGAGCCACAUGACAAGCACCUUCUGGAUAAGAUGAACGAGUGUAUGACCAAACAGGCCUGUCGGCUGCCCACCCUCACCCUGCUCGGCCACGUAAUCCGCAAGCAGCCGUCCUGGAUCCACAAGAUCGCCCGGUAUCCUCUGCUGCUGUCGCUGCUCAAAUGCCUAAAGACGGAUACGGACGUGGUGGUGCUGAUCACUGGAGUGCUGGUGCUCAUCACUCUGUUGCCCAUGAUCCCCCAAGCUGGGAAACAACAUCUGUGGGAGUAUUUUGACAUCUUUGGCCGCCUGGCAUCCUGGAACCUGAAGAAUCCCGGGCAUGUUUCUGAGGUUUAUCUGAUCCACCUGCACGCCAGCGUCUAUUCGCUCUUCCACCGCCUCUACGGCAUGUACCCGUGCAACUUUGUGUCCUACCUGCGCUCUCAUUACAGCAUGAAGGAGAACAUGGAAACAUUUGAGGAGGUGGUGAAGCCGAUGCUUGAACAUGUACGUAUUCACCCUGAACUGGUGACAGGAACUAAGGACCAUGAGCUCGACCCGACCAGGUGGAAAAGAUAUGAAAUCCAUGACAUCGUGAUUGAAUGUGCCAAAGUGUCUCUCGACCCCAAGGAGGCAUCCUGUGAGGAGGGUUAUGCCGCCAUGCCUGAGAACUUCUACCCUCAGAUUCACCUGCGACCACAGGACUCCACAUCCAGCCCCUACACGGACCUCCACAGCAGCUACGGAAGCUCCUCUUCGACCCCGUUCUCCACUCCACGGCAGCCGCUACCCCCGCCCCUGUCCUUGCCCCCCUUCUCAGGGACACUGUCCUCCUACCGAAGCCCACAAACCUCCAGACGCCAGAACUCGGCCUGUGAGCUGAACUCUUCCUGCGGGGGGAAGGACCCUCUGUGGAGCCCCUCCUCGUUGUGCGGCAUGGCCACGCCCCCCUCCUCCAGGGGCAUGUCGCCCAACUUGGAGCUCUCUCACAGCUCCUCGCACCUUCCCAGCCGCUUCCAUUGCACAUCAGGAGGGAAAGGAACGCCUGCCUCCAGCACUCCCGCCACCUCCUCCCCUCCUCCCACACUGUCAGAUGACUUCCCCAUAAUCUCCUUACCCGCCAACACAGUCCAGUCCAGUCCACCCAGAAAGGAUCGAAAACAAGGAGAAAGUGGUAAACCUGCUCUGGUGAGACAAGACCAAGUGAAGGAUUUAGAGAAGAGUGCAGACGCCACCACAAACAGAGAUGCAGCGGCUGCAGAGAACAUCUCCAUGACGUUGACGGAGCUGUCGGUUUUCAUGAAGAAACAGGAGCUGGAUCUUCAGCUGAGGACGGAGAAAGAAAGAGAAGAGGCCGCCAUCACCGAGGAGCUGUUGAAGAUCACAGAGGAAAACCAGGAGCUGCCGGGCCUCAGGGGCUUCGACUCCCCUUUCUAUCACACCACUGAGACUCUGACUGGCUGCCAGGCACCAGAAAAGACCCUCCCCAACAUCCAGCCAGGAGGCCCCGUCCGGGACACCCACAACGUUGUAUCGACGCCAGACAAAAUGGAGAAUGCAGUGAACACCAGCGGCAUUGGCACUGGAGGAGGAAGUGGAGGAGCAGGAGGAGGUGCAGGCGGAGCAGCCCCCGGCCUGGAGCAGACUUGGUCCUUCACCCCCAUCGACCACCACCUGCACCGAAGCCCCUCUGCCCCUGACGAUGACGUGGGAAAGUAUGGGAUGUUCUCACCGAGCCCCUGCAGUAAGACCCCUCCCGCCCCCAUCCCCUACGAGUCGUUUUUUGACCUGGCUCUGCCGCGGGCCGCCUCGCUGUUCGUGGGGAAGAAGACGACGGAAGCGGUGCACAAGGCGGCGAUGGAGAGGCUGCUGCAGCGGGAGGAGGGGCUGGAGGAUGGGGAGGAGGAGGGGCUUAUGUCUGCUUCGCCACUGGAGGUGCUGGAUCGCCUUGUUCAACAGGGAAGCGACGCUCACGAUAAAGUUCUGAAGAGAUUACCUUUGCCAAGUAAGUCAGCUGACUGGACGCACUUUGGAGGUUCUGCUCCACUGGACGAGCUGCACACGCUGCGUAGCCAGCUGCUCCUGCUGCACAACCAGCUGCUGUACGAGCGCUACAAGAGGGAGCAGCACGCCGUCCGCAACCGACGCCUCCUCCGGCGCAUCAUCAACGCCACCGCACUGGAGGAGCAGAACAACGCCAUGAAGGACCAGCUAAACCUGCAGAGCGUGGACAUCACGUCUCUGAGGGAGAGUCUGCAGGUGGAGCAGCAGCGCUAUCGGCAGCUAUGGGACGACCGCGAGACGGUGGUGACCAGACUGCACAGUCAGAUCAGACAGCUGCAGCAGGGACGGGACGACUACUACACCAAGAACCAGGAGCUCCAGAGUAAACUGCAGGAGUGUCAAAAGAGGAUGGACGAGCUAGAGGCGGAGCUUCAGAGAGCCAACAACAAAAUCUGCCACACUGGUCACCUCCUCAACCAGAUGACCAUUAAGCUGAGCAACAGCGAGAGCACCCAGCAGCAGAUGAGCUUCCUGAACAAGCAGCUGCUGCUCCUCGGGGAGGCACAUAAGCUGUCCAUGCAGGAGUUACACCACGCAGGCCCCGAUAAUACAAAGGAGGCCCAGAUGCUGCAGGUGUCUUAUAGGAAAGAGGUGGAGACGCUGAGGCAGAGCCUGCUGGUUCAGGGCCAGAAACUGGAGGCGGCGCAGCAGAGAGUCGCCGAGCUGGAGACUCUCCUGACCAAGAAGGAACACCUCAUCGCUGAGCAGAAGAAGUUCCUGGAGGACGUAAAGUGUCAAGCAAAGGCCGAGCUGCAGGCCUCCGACAGCAGGUAUCAGGCUCAGAGGAGAAUCACUCAGCUGCUUCAGACCGAACUCUUGCAGCUCUACAGUCGAGUGGAGAUGGAGGCCCCUGCUGGCACUGCCUCUUGCUCGCCACCAGAGGGCAGAGCUGCCUCACGCACACCUGCUGAGUCCAGCGUCAUGGUGCCUGAUGGACCAAGUAAAACCCAAGAGAACGAGGAGGCCGACACUCGACCACUGCACGACUCCCCCCAUGGCAACGGCAGCACUUUAUCGCCAGGGCAACCGAAGGCGAGCAAUUCUUCCAAGGUGACCGCCAACUCCAUCAACGGCGGUCAGGACCUGGCCCCGCCCCUGCUGGUGGAGCCCUCCUCCCUGUCCUAUCCUCACGCGGACGCGCCGCUCACCGUGGGCUCGUACCCCAGCGCCAAGAGCUUCUUGGGCAUGAGGGCGCGCGAGCUGUUUCGAAACAAGAGCGAGAGUCAGUGUGACGAGGAGCAGCCGCCGCCACCACGCCUGGCCGGCCUCGCCCACGGGCUGAAGACUGAGUUGUGUGUGGAGGCACCCUGUACGGGACAAACUGCCCCCGCCCUUGCCCCCGUCUGCCCCACGCCUUUUCCUGUUCCUCCUCCGCCACUUCCCUCCACCGCCACCACUCCUGUCACUGUGCCCAGCAAAGAGCCCGCCUCUGAGCCCAAACAGCGGGCCUCCAGCCAGGAAAGCCCCCGCAGGAAGGCAGGGGCAGGGUCCGGUGGAGGGCGGGGUCAGGCGGGGUCAGGGCGCCCCCGGCAACAGCAGCUAAAGAUCAUGGACUACAAUGAAACACAUCACGAGCACAGUUAGAGACACGAACUGAGCCGGGAGGACGGUGGAGAGACUGAAGUUUAAUGACGAAGAAGAGCUACAAAUCAGCAAAAGAGUAACAUGUCAGCAACUCUUCGGGAUUCAGUGUUAUUUGUUUCAUUCCCCUGAGUGGACAACAGGAUUUCCCUUCACUUUUUUUACUUUUAGUUUCUUUUUUUUUUUUUUUUUUUUUUUUUGACUUGUCAUUCAUUCCCUUCAGGAAGACAGGUGAAGAAAGUCAAUGUGUUACCAGUGAUGAAGCUACAAGUUUGGUUACAGUGAUCAGGUGCUGAGAAAGACGACAACAGGAUGUGAAUUAAGAAUCUAUAAUUUUAAGUGAAAGUCAGAGGAUCUGUACAACAAAUCUGAAACUACAGACAUUUAGCUUAGCGUAAAGGCAGCUAGCCUGGAAGUAGCUCUGCACACGAACCCUUACCAUUUGGUUUUUGUGCUAAUUAAACACUGUAAAACAUGUUAAUCUUCUAACAGACAGACAGACAGACUAGCUAUUUCCAUCCAAUUCCAGUUAUUUGUGGCGUUUGUAGACUCGUGUUUACCGUACAGACAUGAGAGAGGAGUCAGUCUUUUCACCCAACACUCCAAAACAAAGCUAUUAAGCCUGAUAGAGAUGUCCAGACUUCUCUUUUUAAAGGGUCUAUUCACCCAAAUUAAACUACCUAAAGUGAUUAAGAGCAACUCGGAAAGUUUUGGUUUUAUUUCAGGCUUCAUUUAGUUGCCUGUUAAGUUUCUACUUCACUCCAGUACAGAGGAGCUAAACUGAAAUACUGUUAGCAAGAUAAAGUUACAAAAUUUUGCUUUGGACUGAAAUAUUUCCUAAAUUAGCAGAGAUUGACUGGAUUAAAUAGAAACCUGAAACAUGGACCAUCUGCCGUUUGUUGCGGUUGAAACAGCAUUUGACAAACAGUGUUUAGUAGUCGCUCUGAAACUUUCUGUCACAUCACAGGAUCUGAAAUUGUGUGUUGGUAUUAUGAUUCUAGUUUGAGCACUUUAAGGACUUCUUAAAAGUUAGGGUUUAAAGUUUCCAAAAGCAUUCCAUGAAAAUCUACCAAAAGCUCAAGAAAAUCUGCUGAAGGGACCUUGAGGUCGACAUGAAGUAUCCCAGUUACUCUGGAUAAUCUAAACACCGAUCUGCAGAGCAUUCUCCUCUGAAGGAAUACCACUAUAUGGACAAAAAUAUUGGGACAAAUCAAGCACAUAGCACGAAAUUCCUACUGAUACACUCCCUUAUAUUUGAUAAACUUCCCCUGGAUUUGAAUGAGUUUUCCUGAAUGAGUGAUGACCAGAUGUCCCAAUAUUUUUGCGCAUAUUUUGUAGCGGGAGAAGAUUGUUCUCAUUGUGGAUUAUAUUUUGAAUAACUGGGACACUAUUCCUUCUGCUGUUUCUGCUGAGUAUACAUGCACAAAUCCAACCACCAUCAUAAACCCUGAACCUCAACACAUUUUUUUCCAAAGUAUCACUAGGUGAAAAUAAGACUUUUUUUUUUCCCCGCAAUUUUUAUGAAUUUGUCCUGAAACUCUGCAGGACGAUAUGAAAACAUGAGCAAGUCUUACAUCAGAUCUGGAGGUGCUGAUCAGUGUAUAAACGUUUGGCUUAUGUUUUUUGUAAGGCUUAUGUCUAUAUUUUGUUGAGGUGAAUUAACUUCCAUAUAAAACUACACUGAUUUUAGUCCAAGAUAAGUCAGAGGGGAUGGGUUUAGUCUGACAGUGUGAGCGUAUGUGAUAAUGUUGGCUCAAAACACUGCAACAAGGAGAGUGUAUGAAAUUUAGAAAACGAAUGAUGGAUUUUUACAUGCCACAUUGUGUCAUACCUUUAGUUUUUUAUUUAUUCAGCCAUAAAGGGUGCUCACAAGUGCAUAUCCAAAUUUUGAGUCAGACCUGGCAUGAGAUCCAAGCCUAAGUAUUUUCUGUUUAAGCCUACCAGCUGAUUGUUUUUGAAAGUGCCAUGCAGACAUUUGUGUUCUGGCUGAAUUUAAACAUAUUUAAACAGAAGUGUUGUUUCUCAUCUUGUGUGUACAUUCGGCAAGGAUGGGGAAACAAAAACCACUCGUCUAAACAGUUUUACUUCAUGCAGGUCUGACAGGCAGUGUUACCAGAGUGUUAGAGGUAAACUGCAGCUGAAAGUCGUCUAAAUCCUGUUGUCCACCGGGAACCCCUGCUGUCAUUUCCUUCUGCCUCGCUAUCUAAAGCAUGUUCAACAAUCCACUUUAAAAUGCCAACCAUAGUAACUACAGCAACCAAGACAGAAGGUACAAUCAGCACAAACAAGAAAUCAGGACUCUGACCGGAGCUGGGAAAUCUGGGACAAAAUGGCAAAAAAGGAAGUUCUUAAAGCAGUGGCUUGUGUUUAACUGUGAACAAUAAAGAUCGUCUUCAAUGUUUUGCACUACA